UUACUUCACCAUGGCGUGGAAGCCAAUUCACUUUGCUCUGGCUGCCAUGAUGGUUGCAUUUGGUACAUUUAAUACCCUGUCUGUGAAAUGGGCGGAUAAAAUGACAUCGGAAAGUUCAGAUGGAACUCUUAGAAGCUUUGAUCAUCCAUUCUUACAGGCCUGUGGUAUGUUCUUGGGAGAGAUGCUGUGUAUGGUUGCUUUCUGGAUUUUAAGGUGGCGUUCCAAGCGGCAGCCCCAGAGUACGUUUCCUCCAAUAGAUGAUGGAACAGCUCCUAAAAAGUUCAACCCCCUUAUUUUCCUUCCUCCUGCUCUCUGUGACAUGACUGCUACAAGUAUCCAGUAUAUUGGAUUGACUCUCACCUAUGCUUCUUCAUUCCAAAUGCUGAGAGGAGCAGUUAUAAUAUUCACAGGAAUAUUAUCAACCAUCUUUCUCCGACGGAAGUUGCAGUGGUUCAAGUGGUUGGGGAUGGUCUUCGUUAUCGGUGGUCUGGUUACUGUAGGAGUUAACGAUCUGAUGGCACAGUCUGCUGGUAACUCUACGAGUACUAACGUAACAGAGCACACACUAUGGUCCUCUCCUAUUGUAACAGCUGUAUAUGGGAACGACACGAAGACUAAUUCUGAUCUUAUCCUCGGAGAUGCGCUUAUUUUCUGCUCUCAGGUAUUUCAUUGGUAUCAAAUGCAAGCUGUGUGUACUAGUGUAGCUGUUGGAUGGGAAGGCACAUUUGGUUUUACAACAUUAGCUGUUCUUCUUAUACCAUUUAACUAUAUUUAUGUUGGGCCAAAGUUUGGAGCUAAUCCAAGAAUGGUUCUAGAGGAUGCGUACGACGGUGUUUAUCAGCUUGCUCAUAAUCCUCUACUUGCACUAGCAUUCUCAGGAACUGUGAUAUCUAUCGCGUUCUUCAACUUUGCCGGUAUCUCAGUAACUAAGGAGCUCUCUGCUACCACAAGAAUGGUACUGGAUAGUAUCCGUACCCUAACAAUCUGGAUGUUUUCUAUCGCAGUUGGCUGGCAGAGCUUCUAUCCUCUACAGUUACUUGGAUUUGCUAUACUGCUGAGUGGAAUGUGUUUCUACAAUGAUAUUCUUAUUAUUCCAGGGAUAAAGAAGAUAGCAAGUAAGUUUGGGUUGUGUAUUGAGCCUGUACCGUACAACAACGUGGAAGAUGAGGAUGAAGAGGAGCAGGAGGACGUGGAGAACAGGGAACCUGUCUUCUCCACCAGGGGCCAGGAGUAGGCUGAUCUCGGGGCCGUUCUUGACCUCAACAUGGCGGGUGUUAUUUAACCUCUGUGGUUAAGA